AUGGUGAACUUUAGGUUGAUGGCACUUUUACUCUGCACCUUCAGUUGGAUCUCGUCCUCAGUCACACAGUUUUACGCUGUGGAGGUUCAGCCUGGUGAAGAAGUCACACUGCAGUGCUCCAAUUUCAGCAACUUUCCUGGUCACAUAUACUGGUUCAAAAUGACCAACAGUCCCAACACCAGCCACAUCGCAGCUUUGUUCAGUGCUGAUGCGAAUGCGUCUUUCAAUGAUGGUUUUCAAGAUAGCAAAUUUAGCAUGACGUCCAACAUCUCUGUAGUGUUUCUCAAGAUCAAACAACUGGAUUCGUCUGACUCUGGACUGCAUUUUUGUGGAGAGUACAACAAUGGAAAGCCAGUAAUUUCAACUGGAACAUAUUUAAAAGUUCAAGAAAACCCUGAUAGAAAACUAAUCCUGCGUGUGCUUCUGGGUGUUGGGGCUGUUGUCCUCAUCGCUGUUGUCACUGCUAUGACUGUAAAAAUCUGCAGACUUCAAACAGGAGGCAAUCAGGAACAGAAUCCACAUUGCAGUGAGUCUCUCCGAGAUGACUCUGGUCAGUACCUUACUGGCGACAGAAAGCAGCAUAAUUCCCCUCCAGCUGCAACACUGGGACAAGAGUUUCCAGUCCACUGGAUUUGUUCCUUCUCCCAAAUCGUCUUGAACAGGGGCUGCAGCAUCUCCACUGUUGCAGCCGGAUCUGCUUUAAGUGCUUCAGCUGGAAUGCCAUCUGGGCCUGUUGCUUUUCCGUUCUUCCAGCACUUGAUGGCCUUGAUGAUGUCCACCUUUGUUGGUAACCUGGUGUUUACUCUCAGCUGCCCAGAAGCUGGGGGCAUAUCAGGUGUUGAUAGUGGUGGCAGUUUAGGAUCUCCUCAAAGGGCUCCGCCCAGCGUGCUCUCUGUUCUGGCCCAUAUGUGA